AUGUCAGUGAUGAUUGUGAACGACAUUGAGGAGCAUGAUAAAACAGAAAAGACAGAAGAAGAAGAAGAUGCAGAAAGUAUGGACAAGUUAAAAGCAAUUAUAUGGCCAACGGAAAUGAUUGGCAUGCUGUUCAUGACUUUUACAAUAAAUGAUACUGCUCUACAUAGUUAUAUAUGGAUGAUUCCUACAAUAGUGGCACUUGGAUUGACACUGGGCUUUGAUUCAAGCACAGUUUAUUCAAAAGGCAAGAAAGGAUGGAAGCAAUGGAUAGCACUACUAUUGAGUGCCAUUACGUUUGUAGUAUAUCUUAUUGUGUUCAUAAUAACGGCUAGUACAGGUUUUAAAUAUUAUGGGUAUGCAGCAUAUUUGAUACGAUGGCUGGUUCUUGGAAGUCUACUGAGAUGGUUGCACACGGUUGAUAUGUUAUAUGGGAUCUGGAAAUGGAUACUAGAUUUUUUUGAGGGUCUGUGUGAGGGACGUGAGACGAUACAGAAGUGUGUGAAGCAUGUGUGGUGGCUGGAGCAUGUAAUGGUGGGGAUUGCAGUAUUUGGAUGUGUGGCAGCAAAUUUACUUGCUUUGUAUGCAAUAAGAAGCGUUUGUGUAUCCUUUCAUCUGAACUGA